AUGGCAGAAACGAUUGAUGAAUCUUCUGAGGUUAUCAAGAACAACAAUCGCUCUAUAAUGACUUGUAUUCUAUACGAAACUAUCAAGAAGAAGCCAAUCUUCAGUUCCUAUAGAAAUUUCUGUAAAUUAGUUGGAAACGAUGCCAUGGACUACCCGGAUUUUGAGUUUUGGUAUUUUCGAUUUUAUCACAAGCAACUUGAUUUUAACUAUGAUCGGAACAUGGAUCCAGUACCAAAAACUAUUAUGGAUAUGCCUGUUUUAUUGAUGUACAAAAUUACAGAGAACCUGGAUACAGUGGAAAGAACUUAUCUUCGAUCCAUGAACAAAUCUCUCAGGGAUGUUGCCGAUUCUCACCGAUUGAUUUUUGAUAGACUUCAGAUUACUGUAUUCGCUAAUGGUCUGCAUUGGUAUUUGAACGAUAAAAUAUUUCGCUGCUUGAAAGCGGAGAACGGGUGUACCCUUUACACACCCACUAAGAAAAUUGAAAGUGACAAAAGCGUUAUGGAAAUGGGAUUAGAAUACCUGCAACGAAUGCUAAAAAUGGCUAAUAUCCAAGUGCAUCAUCUUUCCCUAUCAUUGCAUAGAGAAACGUCAGAACUCGAUAAUUUUCUGCCAGUCCCGUUUCAUGCAAAGAGUGUGAAACUCUAUGCGCUCCACAUGAACCAAACAUUUCCAUUCUUAGCAGCUUUGAAUCCAGGAGAACUCGAAUCCAUCAACUUGGAACCAUGUUGUAGGGGCGACAGAGAACAAAUGUUGAGAUUUUUCGAAACUGAACAAUUCAAACAAGCAAAGCAUGUGCAAUUCGAAGAAUACUUGAAUGAGGAGGAUCUAUUGAAAUUCAGUCACUUGAAAAGUUUUAAAUGUAAACUCAUUUUUCUCGAACCAGUGGAUUUUCAGAGAAUUCGAGAGAUAAUUUCUACUUUGGAAGUACUCGAAUCGUGUGAGCUCAAGUACCGUGAUGACUGGUUUCCAGUUCAUAUUAUUGCUCAAGCACUAGAAGAAGAAAUUCCAUUCGGGCCAUUGAAGACUAUCAAGCAUAGUUAUCCAAUUCCGGAAUCUAAUGAACAUCUGGAAUUCGAGAUUGAACAGGAAGAGUAUUAUAGCACUAUCAAAAUCGUCAAAGUUCGCUGA